AUGGGCAUCCAUGCUGUUAGCGUCAUGCUAGAGGCUCUCAAUAGAGAUGCCCAAAAUGCUACUAUCGCCAAGUUCAUUCAAAAUGAACUUGACGCAGAACGCGAGAAAGUAGCCUUGCUUCACCAACAAGGUUCUCAACAAGCAGAGUUGUUGAGAGAACAGGGUGUUCAACAGUUUGCACUGUUGAGACAGCAGCAGGCUGCUGCUAGUGGGUCGAUGCACUCGCGUCGACCCGAGACUUUGAAGAUUGACAUCUCAUAG